GCCAUAUUGGCGAGAGUUUUUCCACGAAAAAAAAUCGACACAAAACAUACGUGGCUCAUUCCCAUUCAUCGUGGAUUUAACCGUGUUGAAUAGAUGAAUUGAUUAACUCAAAAACCUUGUCCCUGACGUGGGCAUUUCCUGGUUCUCCCACGCGUGGAUGUCGGCCGGCUGCAAGCUGUCGCUAUGCUGGCAGAUGUCCCGUCAGAGGCCACGAACUACGACUACGAGGAAAGAUUGUCAUCGGCGAUUGCUGCAGCUCGCGCUACCGAUCCUGGCCGCCCUGCUAGCGGCGCGCCAGCCCCCACCUACCCGUCUCUGCAGCACGUGAACGUCGCCGCCGUGUUGCUCCGAGCGAUGGCCAAAGCUCUCCGGAAAAAUCCUGAAUUUCUCAGUCUUCUGUUCGUUGCAUUCCUAUUUGUUGUGGUCUCGAAGUAUGCACAAAAUAGUGGAGCUUCUCAGUCCCCAGCUGUCCCACCGCCGAUCUUCCCAAAAGACUCGCCCGUCUUUGAAUUCAAUAAUGGCGACAUGCAGAGUGCGAUGUCCCGUAUCCAGAGGGAGGAAAACGAGUUUUCAUUUGUGAUGUACUACGCCCACUGGGAUGGGAACUCCCGGGAUAUCGCUGUUGAGUUUGACAAGGCAGCUAGGCAGUUUUCUCGUUGGGUCACAUUCGUCGCGGUCAACUGUUGGUGGUUGCACGGCUCAUGUCGAAGCCGAGUGAAGACAACGAUGUACCCUGCGCUGCUCGCCACUGCCCCUUCCAUCCCAAGUGGACUGCAGUACACCGGUAUCCUGCAAGCCCCGGAGAUGGUGUCCUUCCUACACCAGCUCUGCAGGCCAUUCACUUACGUUACCGAUAUGGAGGCCUUGUACAAACUACAUGCGCUUCAAGGGACGGUGGUCGUGGGCUACUUUGACUGGAGCAACUUUCCUCUUCCGCCGGGUCUAGCCUCUUUCCAGAAGGCAGCCUGGCUGGCAUUGGAGAAAGAUGUCAUAGAGCCUGUGGCAUUUGCUGUAGUAACCAAUAUCAGGCUGGCGAAGAGAUUAGGACUGCAGCAGCCCAAAAGUGUAGCCAUAAUAAGAGCGUUGAAUUCGACUUUAUUAUACCCGAGAGAUGCCAGAUUCCAAGCAAAGAUGAUAACGGAGUGGGCUUACAAACAUCGGGAAUCUGUGGUGCAGUGGCUUGCCCCGGCGGGAGUCAAGAGCACCAUCAUGGCUAGUCAGUUGAACAACAGCCCCGCUGUGGUUCUCUUCACACGGCAUCAUCCGCGGCAGGGACUCCUGAAUGAUUUUUAUAUGUUCAAAAAAAUUGCUCUGGACUACUACAAUUGCAACAACUCUAGGCUAGUCGGCAAGAUAAUCAGUGCAAUCGAUGAUGCUAGAAAUCCAAAUCUAAAUCCCGAAGACUGCCAUGAUGCAGACCAUCCCAGCGACGACGUGCCUAAUGCGUGCGAGUGUUGCCAGACCCUCGCCGAUACACCCAUAACCACAACCGCAACCCACGGCCGAAAUGUCUGCCAAGUCUGCGAGCAGUCGACCGCGCACCGCCCAUCUUUUUCGUGUAACCCCGUGCUUCCUCGCAGCCAAGCGACGUGGAUGAACAUGAUAUUCCAGGGAAAGGCCUCCCUUGCCCCGAACAGCUGCCUACGUAUGAAUUACAACUACAGCCCCUACAGUCAGUUGCAGCUCUGCUGCAGACAGUGCGACGCCACGCCUUGUCACCUGAAUGAACAGAGUGAACGUUGUGCCUUCAGAGAUUCCUACUUUGGAAGGCCGUCAACUGAUUCGGCGUGUUACGGAGCACCUGGAAGAACUGAUUGCAGCAGUCGUUGCCAAGAGCCCUUUCAAAGGACUAGAGCUUCCAGCACCAAAACAAAACAGAAAAAUCCCUGCCAAAGGACGCCAGAGUCGCUGAAGGGUGUCUUCCACCCAUUCUUGGGACAGUUCACAGGGCUGGGAUGUAGGACCAAUAGAACGGUGAACUUCUUCGCCAUGAGGUCGGAAUACUUUUGGUUAUUUGCAAAGCAGCUAGGAGUUUCAGAUACAAGUGGCUUCCAGACGCAGCAAAGAAGGACUGCUGUGGUUUUGCUUGAUAUUGAGGCUGAACAGCAGCACGCACUACUUCAAGAGGUCUCCGAAACCGCAAUUAUAAAUUUUGUAUUCAAUUAUACGACGUCAAAUUUGACGCGACACCUCCGAUCUGCUAACCACACGACUCCCAGUCGCUGCAGCCAGACGUCGAGCGUCUGCGUACAGGAAGUGGUGUCGUCAACAUUUGAGGAGCUGGUCUUAGAUAGCAACAAAGAUGUAUUGUUACUGUACUAUGCACCUUGGUGUGGUUUCUGUGCCAGGAUGCAUCAUAUAUACCUCAGUUUAGCAAGAGUCUUCCAGAAUUCAUCCAAUCUUCUUAUUGCAAGAAUUGACGGUGACGCCAACGACCUUCCGUGGCAUCUGACCCCAUCAUCCUAUCCCACCCUGCUGCUCUUCCCCGCCGGACACAAGGAACAGAGCCUCCAGUUCCCUCAGUCCGCCAAGCUCAAUCUACCAAAUAUCAUCAAGUUUGUGCUUCAGCAUGCGACAUUACUAAUAUAAUGCUUCAGCAAGUUGGUAUUAACGUCCAUAUUUUGAAAAUUAUAAUAUAUGUUGUCUUCAAAAUGAAGAUAAAAGUAACAACAAUCAAUUAAUUAAUUGACGGAAAAAAGUUGAUUAAACACAACAAAUAAUAUUCAUUUGUUUUAGAUGAAAAGAGGAGAUUUUGUUAGGCCAAAAAAAAAAGUCUCUGGUUUCUGGUAUGGAGCUUGCCCCAAAAGUGGUGCGGCGAGCAGGGUGUUUUUUUUUUACCCUACUUUUUUUUUCUUGGAAUGUUGGCUGAUGUUGCAGAUAAAGCUUUGAUCCCCUUAAAAUUUCCUUCUGAGUGGAGCUUGAGGUGACCUCAGUAAGACCAUAAGGCGUGAGAAUUCUGCACCCACUUACGAUCUCAACCGACACGAACAUUCUUUGGGAAAUUUGGAAAGUCCAGACAAAAAUCAGAGAAGAUGGUAUUAACGUCAGACCGUACAGCGACAUCGACAUCUUGCAUGUGCUGCCAGGCUGGUCAUUAGUCUGCU